ACUUGCCCCUGGCUAAAUGACCAUCUAUCUUGAAAGUGUAGCCACCCUUCCCUGUUUUCACUGCAGCAUCCUCAUUUAUUAAUUAGCGUGUGCAUCCUGGCUCUCAACUCCACCACGCUACUGAAACUACUCUGCAAGGUCAUCCAUCCUUCUAUCCCUCCCUCCCUCCCUCCAUGCAGUCCGCAGCAGUUCAAGAACAACUGGUCUCUGGCUCUGUUCUCACCUCAGGGACAUAGUACUGAGGAAACAGAUCUAUUGCUGAGCACCUAAAAGAGUAUCAGUAACAACUCAGACGACAGACCCUGAGCGCUGCGCGCCCUGACGUCCCCGCACGGAGCCUCACCAGACCUCGGAGAGCAGGGCCUGAGCUGCCACCCCCAACCCCGAGCGCUGCACUUGAGAUGGAGCUGCUGCCCCUGUGGCUUUGCCUGGGUUUUCACUUCUUGCCCCUACAAUGGAGGAAUGGAAGUGGGGCGGCCACAGCAGUUUCCCAAGGGGGCUGCAAGUUGGUGGAUGCCCUUGCUGACUGUCAAGGACAGAACCUUGCUUCAGUGCCCAUCAGCCUCCUGACCCACUCCCAGGUGCUCAUCCUGGAUGAUAACCCUCUCAAGACCCUGUGGAAUCACUCCCUCCAGCCUUAUUCUUCCUUGGAGAGCCUCAGCCUGCGCAGUUGCCAGCUGGAGUGCAUUGGCUGCCAUGCCUUCCAGGAGCAAGGCCGCCUGCAAAGUCUGGCCCUGGCUGACAACAGCCUCUCCGAGAACUACAAGGAGACAGCAGCUGCUCUCCACACCCUGCGGAGGCUGCAGAAACUGGACCUAUCUGGCAACUCCUUGACAGAAGACAUGGCAGCCCUCAUGCUCCAGAACCUCUCCUCCCUGGAGGCUGUGUCCCUGGCCAGGAACACCCUCAUGAGGCUUGAUGAGUCCAUCUUUGAGGGCUUGGAGAACCUCAGGGAACUGGAUUUGCAGAGGAACUACAUCUUUGAGAUAGAAGGUGGUACUUUUGAUGGGUUGACAAAGCUGAGACGCCUCAACCUGGCCUACAACAACCUCCCCUGCAUUGUGGACUUUGGUCUCUCCCAGUUGCAUGUCCUCAACAUCAGCUACAAUAGCCUGGAGUGGUUCCUGGCAUCCAGGCAAGAGACCACUUUUGAGCUGGAGAUGCUGGACCUGUCUCACAACCAGUUGCUGUUUUUCCCUCUCCUGCCCCAGUGCAGCAAAUUACACAGCCUCCUACUGCAGGACAAUAACAUGGGCUUCUACAAAGACCUGUACAACACCUCCUCGCCACAGGACAUGGUGGCCCAGUUCCUCCUAGUGGAUGGCAAUGUGACCAAUAUUACUACUGUUGACCUCUGGGAGGAGUUUGCCUACAGCAACCUAUCAGCUCUUCGCUUCCUGGACAUGAGCCAGAACCAGUUCCAGUACCUGCCCGAUGGGUUCCUGAAGAAAAUGCCCUCCUUAGCCCGCCUGAACCUCAACAGGAACUGCCUCGCCACAAUGUACUUCUUGGAGCCCAUGGGCACACUGGCCGAGCUGGACCUGAGCCACAAUAUGCUGUCAAAGCUGCACCUGGCCCCGGGUCUCACUGGCUGCCUCAGAAGCCUCCGCCUGCUCAACCUGAGCAACAACCAGCUUCUGGACAUCCCUUUGGGCCUCUUUGCAGAUGCCAGUAACAUCAAUACCAUAGACCUGAGCCACAAUCAGAUCUCGCUUUGUCCCUGGCCACUUCCGGUUCCGGUACUACUUCAACUUCCGGUUCCUUCCAAGAUGCCAGACGCCCCCAGCUGUGUGGACUUCCGGAAUAUAGCAUCUCUGAGGAUCCUCUCUCUGGAAGGCUGUGGGCUGAGGGUGCUCCAGGACUGUGCGUUCCAGGGCACACCCCUCACUCACUUAGAUCUGUCUGGCAACUGGGGCGUCCUGAACGGAAGUAUGACCCCUCUCAGGGCCAUCGCACCCACAUUGCAGGUACUGUCUCUGAGGAACGUGGGCCUUAGCCCUGCCUCCACCAAGUUGGACUUCUCGGGCUUCAAGCAUCUGAAGGAACUGGAUCUGUCAGGAAAUUACUUAACUAGCUUCCCAAGGGUUCAAGGUAGCCCGGCCCUGCGGACCCUAGAUCUCCGGCGGAACUGGCUCACCGCGCUUCCUUUGCGGGAUGAAUGGGAACAGUUCACUGGGAGCCUGAGCGCUGUCUACCUCAGCCAGAACCCCUAUGACUGCUGCGGACUGGACAGCCCGGCAGCCCUGCAGCGCCUGCACACCGUGGCCGACUGGACCAUGGUCACCUGCAACCUCUCUUCCAAGGUCAUCCGCGUGGUGGAGCUGCCUGCAGGUGAACCACAGGGAUGCAAGUGGGAGCGGGUGGACAUGGGUCUGUUCUACCUCGUGCUUAUCCUCCCAAGCUGCCUCACCUUGCUGGUGGCCUGCACUGUCAUCGUUCUCACCUUCAAGAAGCCUCUGCUGCAAGUGAUCAAGAGCCGCUGUCGCUUUUCCACCAUAUACUGAUUGGCCACAUGCGAGGAGUAGUUAGAAAUUUGCUUCUUGAGAUAGGCGGGGUGGCACGUGCCUGUAAUCCCAGUACUCAGGAGCCUGAGGCCAGCCUGGGCUACAUAAUGAGUUUAAGGCCAGCCUGAGCAGCAUAGCAAGACCUUGCCACAAACAAGCAAACAAAGUUGCUCUUUGCAUAGAAGGAGACUUUGCUUGAUUUUAAAGUCUGUUGUUGAAACCGAAUCUCUUGAAUUGAGGAUUAAAUUAAGAUAUUAAAAUGUUUCCAUCCCUUUGUCCCUUCAAGUCCUUUGUGUAUCCUUGUGAUGCAUCUUUAUCAUCCUGGUAAAGUAUUUAUUAAGAGAUAUUCUAUGAAAAUAAAAGACAA